GUUCUUUCACCCGCGCAUCCAACGGUCGUCCUCCAGUCCGUCUGAGGCCUCAGUUUUGUACCACUACUUUCUUCACGACUUCACGUUCUCGCCACCAUGACCGUCGUCGAACGCAGUGACGAGGAGACACCGCUUCUGCGCAAGGCGAAGCCGACGAAAACGCCCAUCCCCUGGGCACAACUCUCCAUCUUGCUCGUCCUCCAAUUAGCGGAGCCACUCACGAGUCAAGUCAUCUCCCCCUUCGCCCCGGACCUUAUCCGCAACAUUGGCAUCACCGGCGGCGAUGAGGCAAAAGUUGGCUACUAUGUUGGCCUCAUGCAUUCCCUCUUCUUCGCCACUCAGGCCUUGACCGUCCUACAUUGGAGCCGCUUGUCUGACCGCGUCGGGCGCAAGCCCGUCAUCAUGAUUGGCCUCCUUGGACUGUCAUUAUCCAUGUACAGCUUCGGUAUGUCGCGUACCUUCUGGGGUCUGGUCGUGAGCCGGAGUCUCAAUGGAGCUCUGAACGGCAAUAUCGGCGUGCUGAAAAGUAUGAUGGCUGAAAUAACCGACUCCACGAAUAUCGCGGAGGCGUACGCCUACUUGCCCCUUGCAUGGAUGACUGGCGGCACUCUAGGGCCUAUGAUCGGUGGCUUAUUAUCACGACCACAUGAACGAUUCCCCAUCUUGUUUGGGCAUAACGAAUUUAUGGCAAGGUAUCCUUAUUUCCUUGCUUGUGCUGUACCUGCGACAUUCUCGGUUCUGGCCUUUUUCGUCACAAUGAUCUUCUUGAAGGAGACCGUCAAAUCACCUAUCUCUCUCCGCCGCAUCUUCACCCUCCGUAAGAGCAAGGCGAAUCUCACUCUCCAAAACGUCGCAGGUGCCGACGGACCUCGGCCAGUCGUACCCAUCGCGCCCGGCAAGACGUCCAGUUCAGAACCACUACCGCUUCGAGCACUAUUAACCUCACGCGUCAUGAUCUCCGCCGGGAAUUAUGCUCUCCUUGCGAUAGCUGACAUCAGCUACCGCACAGUUCUCCCGGUGUGGAUGUCUACGCCGAUCGCACUGGGCGGCCUCGGACUGUCGCCGCAGGCCAUCGGCGCACUCCUAUCGGUGUAUGGGAUCACGAAUGGCACCAUGCAGAUCCUCACGUUCUCGAAGGCGGUGGGCUAUUUCGGUCCGAAGAAGAUCUAUGUCUUUGGGAUGGCCGCAGCUCUCCCUGUGUUCGCGUUGAUGCCCGUCACGAACUUCGUCGUGCGCGAGCAGGGCUACAGCACUGCCCUAUGGGCGCUCCUGGCGCUGCAGUGCUUCAUCUCAGUAGCCACGAAUUUCUGUUAUGGAAGCGUCUUCAUCUUCAUCACCGCCUCUUCGCCCAACAAGGCUUCACUAGGCUCCGUGAACGGCCUCUCGCAGAUGAGCGUAUCGGUCAUGCGCGCCAUUGGCCCCGCUAUGGCGAACUCGCUUUUCUCCCUGUCCAUCGAUGAGUCGCAUCACCUCCUCGGGGGAUGUUCAUCUAUCUCUUCCUCGCCUUCCUCGCCAUCGUAGCUUUGGGUGGGGCCAUGCUGCUGCCUGCACAGGUUUGGAAGGACGAGAAGUCGAGCUCAUGAUCCGUCGGCUUGGCCCGGCACUCUUCGCACCUGGUUUUCACCAUGUUCGCUGCAUAUAUACCGUAGUGUCUCCGCGCGAUACCUCUCGAACCACCAUGUCAUGACUGCACUACAUAGAAGGAAAUACGACUACAGAACUCAGGAGGACCGCUUUGUCCAGCCACCC